AUCGCUGAUGCCUUCGCUACCAGCUCGCGCUCUGCCAAUGCCCCUAAACCAAAUACCAGGUUCUUGAGAAACAUCCUCCGCGACACAGACAACCACAACUCUGCUCUGCUCAAGAAAGAAGCCGACGAAGCAAAACUCCGCCUGCGAAACUUGCGCCACUCGCACCGUCCUGCUCAGCAGCUCUAUUCCGCUCGCGACAGGCACGACCCUAAAAGGAGACGCCUCGAUCCUAGCGACGCCCCUACAUCUACUGAGCACACAACUCGCUCUGACCGUCGCCAUUCUCCACAUCAACGAGCCACACAUUCGCGCUCCACCCGUCGCGACACAUCCCCAGACGACCAUUCCUCACAUCGUCGUCAUAGAGACCGUCGCUCGCCAGACUCGAGACACCUUGACUCAGACAGACGCCGUCAUCACUCGAGACAACGUUCUUCUUCACCACGCAACCGCCAUGCAUCGACCAGGCCAUCAAAGUCAUCUGAUGACUCAAGUCGACGCCAUAGGCGAAGACAUUCCUCGCCAUCUGACGCAUCAGAUUCGGAUCCUCUAGAUGCUCUCAUCGGCCCUGCUCCUCCGUCGAAUCCUCCACUUCGUUCACGGGGUCGUGGCGCUCAGAAUCAUACUUCUGCCAUCGACAGCCAUUUCUCCUCAAAUUACGAUCCAUCUGUCGAUGUACAACCAGAUCCGCAAGAAGAUGAUGGCCUGGAUUGGGACCAAGCUCUCGAAGCUCUACGCGAUCGCCAGAGAUGGAAACAGCAAGGAGCAGACAGACUCCGUGCCGCCGGCUUCACCGAGAAAGAGGUCAGCAAAUGGGAGAAGGGUGGUGAAAAAUCAGAAGAGGAUGUCGUAUGGGCAAAGAAGGGUGAAGGUCGAGAAUGGGAUCGAGGCAAGGUUGUAGAUGAACAUGGUUCAGUUGAACUCAAGCCCGAAUGGGGCAGACUGAAAGACUCGUAA